AAAAGAAAAGCGACAGGAAAUGGAUCGCGAGCAACAACACUCGUCCAGUGCAUGCUGUUUAGUGAAACAAUUAACUUGUUAGAUAGUCUAGAGGUAAUACGAUGUUUGCGUGAUUAUUAUUGUUCUAUUGAGUAACUUAACAAAUAUAGAUGGCAAUAUCUGGAACUGUCCUGACCGUGAUUUAUAAAGUUAAUCAGUGUGAAUUGAGUGAGCACGGCCCGGCGCAGGCUUCACCCCCAAUCAAAACAGAGACUCCCCCCAGAACUUAUCGGGUAGAGAGCAGUUAGCACGCGCAGGCCGAUCGUGAUCCCGUGAGUGAGACUGAGCUGAGAGAGCUCCCGAAAUACAAUACAGUCUGUUGAAUGAAACUUGUGUGUGUGUCGGUGGUCAGUUAUGGACGCUCUUAGUACCAACUUGGGAAUAGUAGAAGAAAGUAGCCUAGAGAGAUGGUCCAAUACAGAGGUCCCGGGUUUAAGCAUCUCUGGCGAUGAAAGAGAAUCCAAAUUCCCUUGCAGACCGGACCUCAACAAGAAACUUGUUCUGUGGGAUGGAGACAUUUGCAAUUUGGACUCCAAUGCUAUCGUACACCCAACCAAUGAAUCGUUAACAGAACCUUGCCCACUCACCAACAAGAUCUUCUCAAGAGCUGGAAAUGACCUUGUGCAAGAAAUCCAGACAUCGUUUAGAAUUUGUAGGACUGGUGAUGCCAAGCUUACCAAAGGCUACCAUUUGCCCUGUAGGUUUAUCAUACACACAGUCGGACCACGUUACAACAUCCGCUACAGAACAGCUGCAGAGAGCGCCCUCUAUAACUGUUAUAGGAAUGCUUUGCUUCUUGCAAAGGAGCAGAAGAUUACAUCAUUGGCUUUUUGUGCAAUUCACACCGUAAGACGGAAUUACCCCCCUGAGGACGGGACACACAUAGCUCUCAGAACAAUUAGAAGAUUCCUAGAAAAGCAUGGAGAUUCUUUUGAAACCAUCGUGCUCACAAUGAUGGGUGUUGACGAGCAACUAUACAGCGAGUUGCUGCCACUUUACUUUCCACGAACAGAGCUUGAGGAGCAGUGGGCUAUCGAUCUUGUCCCAGAGAACGUCGGCAACGAGGAUGGAGAGCCAGUUAUUGCAGAGAGAAAAAUACGUAUCAUGGGCGGUCCUACGAGAAAAGAAUCAGAGGAGGAGGCAGCCUAUGAAGAAGCCCUUGCGGAGGAGCUGAAGGGGAGCAGGAUCUCCAACGGAGCUCCGUAUGAUGUGGAGCCGGAGCUGGAAAAGGAGCUGGAGAUCGGGAAGCACGCGUUCACAGCCAUGGAGAAGAACCCAGACUCUGUGAAGAGGCAGAACCAGAGAGCAAAGAGGUCGGUUAUCCCUGCAGAAGCAGAACAGAAGCACAGAUACGAGAGGUUAUUAAGGAAAGCUCGGCAGGAAGAUUUGUCAGACAUUGCGGCUCAUCGGUGUAUCUAUGCUACAGGACAUGACAUCCAUGGCCGUCCAAUCAUUGCCUUCGUGGCAAGAAAUUUCCCUGCACAUUCUAUUGACUUGAACAAGGUACUACUCUACGUCAUCCACCUCCUGGACUCCGUGGUCAACCAGGACUACGUCGUCGUCUACUUCCACACGAUGAGCUCUGCCGACAACCAGCCAGAGCUGAGCUGGUUGAAGGAUGUAUAUCACAUGGUGGAUAAUAGGUAUAGGAAGAACCUCAGAGCCAUGUAUAUUGUCCAUCCCACUUUUUGGUCCAAGUUAGUGACCUGGUACUUCACGACGUUCACGGCAUCUAGCAUCAAAAGCAAAGUCCACUCCAUAGGAGCCGUCCAUUAUCUCUACAAAACCAUACACCCUGACCAAUUGGACAUCCCUCCCUUUGUAAUUGAACACGAUAUGAAGGUAAAUGGUCCCAACUACAAAGAUAUGGAUGAAACAGAUGCAAGCGGUAGUCUCUGAUUGGACAAAGAAACAAAAAACUCAAAGAGAAAUCAGUACUGUUCCGCCUUAGUGCCCCAAUGAGGGUGUGUUAAGAUAUGUUUUAAACAAGUGAAGUGACUGAAUUAGGGUCUUUCCAUGCAUAUAUGAAUGUGGUGAAGUUACUUAAUAAGGGUCUGAUCACAGUGAUUCACACAUGCAGGUGAAAUGUCGAUUAAUCUAGAAGUGACUUGACAAGGAUCUAUUCACACAUGUUCCCAUCUGGGUCCUGUAACACAAAGGUUAGCGAUUGAUCGUACGCUUGAUUUCUACGAAUGAUUGUACAUUGUAGUCUAUGGAAUCAAUGGUAGAAAAAUGCUCUACGAUCAUUACUAAGUUUUGUUUUACGGGCCCCUGGUGUUGUUACUUGACCUUAGUCUGUCUGUCAAAUUUUGUAUCAGUCUGGUCAAGUGACCGAUGGCACCGAUGGGUCUGGUAACACUUGUUCCGAACUAGUGAAGUUUGUUGACAGGUGUCUAUUCAUAGAAGUUCCAAUAUGGGGACUCCUGUUCACAUAUGUGCCAUCCAGGUAAAGUGACUUGACAAUGGGUUAUUCACAUCUAGUGAAGUUGCUUUAUCAAGGUCUGUAGUGGUCAUACAUGUUCCAAGUUGGUGCAGUAGCUUGCUUUGGAGCAGUUUAAAUAUGGCAGAAAACCAUGGUAGAUCACAACAGUUGGGUUUGAUGUAACUCAACUCUACACCCACUCUCUCCCCUCUUAUGAAUUAAUCACAAUGUCACUCUUAAAAGAAAAAAGAAAGAAUUCAUCUGUCUUCCUAUGUAACUUAAAGUUAAUGUGAAUUGCUCUCAGACUAAGAUACAGCUUCAUGACAGAGGUUUGAAUCCCCUUCUGGAUUAAGCCCCCACCUAGAUUUUAUUCAAGCAUGCACACACUGAAUCAUAGAAAAUUAAGUAUUCUCUUCAGGUAAGCAGAUACUGAAUGUGUCCCUUUGGAAGUGCAAAGAAUAUUUGAGUUGUAGGUGCUAUACCAUAACAGAAUAUUAUUAUUAUCAAUGCUUAUUUUAGAGCGAUUGAAAAAUCUAGGUGGGGGUUAAUCCCUCGGUAAUCAAACUUUGUUUGUGAAUUUGAGCCUAAAAGCUUGUCAGAUUCUAUUUUUAUAUCAAGAGUGAUAGGUAUGUGAAUAUUGUGUUAUUUUAUUUUUUAUAUUAAAUCAUGUUUUAUUUCCUUGAGUAGCAGUGACAAAAAAAUAAUGUGAGCGAUUGGAUUGUAAGAUGAAAUAAGAGAUCCAUGAAAAAUUCAUGUGCUGUCUUACAACUGUUUAAUUAAAGACGAAGUGAAUUUUUGAGGGGUCUGUUCAUAAAGAGGUACAACUAAUGUUACUUUGCCAUUAUGGCAACUACCAACAGCCAAUCGAAAUCAAGGUUUCCAUGGAACCUACAACAACAUAAAAGUUACAACACUUUAUGAAACGGGCCCCAGAUGUAUCGGUUCUUGUCCGGAAUCCGGUGAACGAUUGUUUGAAUCUGUGGUGUAGCAAUGAUGCUUGUACUUGUUUGGUUUAUUGGCUGUCCUUCUAAGGGUGAUUUAACAGGAUUCUCAAAGCCUGUCUAAUGGGGCAUUGCAAGAAACUUGCGAUCAAUUGCAAGUCUAUUUUCAUUCCCGAAAUCAAGCAUAUUAAUUGCAAAAUUGUGAUUGAUUGCUAAUCUGCUCCAUGAAACAAGGAGUGUAAUCUGAUUUGCUAAAGCUAAAAGUGAUCAAUCAAUUGUAAAAGAAUAUUUUCGAUUGAUUGCAAAUAUUUUCUUGCAACACCCCCUAAGGCUUUGGUAAAUGGGUCAGUAAUGUGAAUUAUACUGAAGUAUCAAUUAACAUUCCAAUUGUAUAAAAGUGAGUGGCUGUGGAUAUUUUCAUCAGCCAUUGAUUCUCUGAAAAUUAGGAUUUUGAAUUUAUUAGAUAUCUAGCACCCUCUCUUAGUACUGUAUUUGUUUGUCUCCUAAACGGACCUUUUGAAUACUUGUCUGACAAAUUUUGUAAUUAGCUUUUAGAAAACUAUAUGCAAAUAUCAUAUCUUGAAAUUCUAGUUCAUUUCAUACUUCAGAAGAUGUUUUAUAUGGAAUAAUACGUACAUAUAAAAUCGUUUUGAGCGCGCACUCAAUCUGAAUGAAUACUUAGCUUACAAAUUUGUUUUUGUGUAUCAGAAAACUAUGUAUGUGAGCGAGCACUCAAUCAAAUUGAAUGAAUACUUAGCUUACAAAUUUGUUUUUUUGUGUAUCAGAAAAGUAUGUACAAAGGUCAUAUCCUGCUUUUUUAGUUCACUCUAUACUUGAUAAAUUGUUGUAUGUGAAAAAAAACGCAUAGCUUGCCUAACCUAGCAAUUAAAAAAAUUGUCUGUACAACUGACAAAUUUGUCAAUGUAGCCUGAAGCAAAAAAAAAAAUUAUAAGAGAUGGUUGAGACAUUUCUUUGAGAAUGAGCUUGAUGUAUUUUCAUUUACGUACAGUUUCUGUUUAUGGUAACUCCUGUAGGAACUCGGAAGGACAGCAUUAUGCUGGUAAACGCCAAGCUGGUAUAUAACCAAUUACCUAGGAAACAUUUUUACGUCUAGGUUAAUCAUUCAUAAUGGCCGACCUUAUAGACGGCAGAUAUUACUCUCGGGCCUUUUUAUCAAAGUGGAGACAAUGGCAGAGUGAGGAUUUGAACUCACAAUUUUGCGAUUGUGAUUCCAAUGCUCUAACCACUGGGCCACACGACCUGUGUGGUCCAGUUAGUAAGUCCAUGCCUGCCAACUGUCCAGGAGGGUGUUUCAUCAAGCUGUUUGUAAGCUACGAGUGACUUUACGAACAACCGGUGAUCCUUUCUUGAGGUACAUUAUGCGCACCAAACUUUCAUUGGAUGUGGAAUUAGCUCCUAAGAGAGAAUCACCAGUUGCUCGUAAAGUCACUCGUACCUUACGAACAGCUUUAUGAAACACGCACCUGGGCUCCAUAACACAAAGCACAACGAUUGAUCGUACACUUGAUUUACGAUUGAUUGUACAUUGUAGUAUGUGCAAUCAAUCAUGAAAAUUUGUCCUACGAUCAUUGCUAAGCUUUGUGUUACGGGCUCCAGGUUUUUGGUGAUAGAGGGAGCCACUCCAACUACUCUGUCUCUACUUGGAUUUUUGUGAAAAAUCUGUUUUUCUUUGUAGGAAACUUGACAACGUCCCUAUUGUCAGCCUCUGUCUCCCCAAAUGUCCCACUCUUUUGGGAUUCAAGAUUGGCAGGUACAUGUAAAUGUAUGUAAAUAUAGAUCAUUAUAUUUUAGCAAUGUGCAAUCUUUCAUGUUUGAGCGCGAAUCAUGUAAUUACGGAGCAACGUGUGUACAGGUCUAGGCGGGUGUUUCAUAUAGCUGUUUGUGAGUGACGAAACGAUUUUAGGAACGACCGGUGAUCCUAUCUUAGAAACUAUAUCAACACAAAUGUGGUGUGUAUCAUUUACCACGAGAAAGAGUCACCAGUUGUUUGUAAAGUUGCUCGUAACUUACGAUCACAUUUAUGAAACACCCACCAGUGGGGCCCUUGUUCAAGGGAAGCUUCCCCUCCCAAAGUCAAAUCCCCUUACCCGACACCAAUCCAAUCACUACUCAGUGUUGUGAAGAUUUGGCGCUUGGUUGGGAUGUUGUGAGUAUCCCUCUACUGUUGGCUUUGGGGAAGUUAGCUUUCCUCUUUAAUGCUCCAUCUACUGGUACAUGUAGGUUCGUUCAUUAAUUUUGACCCAUUUUACAUUAAUCAGCUUCCCCCCCUUUUUUUGGAGGGGGGGGGCGGGGGAGGGGUGGUUAAACAACUAGAGGUCAAAGUAGAUUCAGUUUCCCGUAUUCUGAAUUCAGGUUCAAUUUAAACUGUGGUUGAACUAUGGGGAGCCAAAUGUGGCAAAAAUCUUUACAACAGCUUGUAGAUGUAGUGCCAUCACAUUGUACACUCAAUGCAUUGCAGACCAUCUUGAUAUGAAUAGUUUUGUUUAUCAUUCAUCAUGAGAAAGAGCCCAUUAAACCCACAAGAAUCAAGCUGAUUAAACAUUAUGUUAAACACAAACAGCUUUCCAUAGUUUUAGCCCAGACUAAGACCAUGCUCGAAACUGGAGUUCAGGAAUCGGGCCAUUUUACCACAUAUACAUAAACUAUAUAUCAGAUACAUUAUUUUAACACACCUUUGUAUAAAUGAAAUGAAUGGCAGUAGAUAAAGUGGUUGUCGGCCAAUCAGCAAUUUAUUUGUGGAAUUUAGACGCUUGGUAAAUUUUUUGGAAAAGUUCUUCCUUGUGACAGUUCACUGCAUAUUCUCCUUCAAUUAGUAUACUAGGGUCAGGGUUACAACACUGCAUGUGUUCUGGGCCAAUAACUUGAGAUACAGCAUUAACAAUCUCACAUUUUUAAAAACCUAUUCUUUUACAUGCCUGUGCUUAAAAACUACAAAACUCUGUACGGGGUUUGAUAAUUGGGUGAACAAGGGUUUCAGAAUCAAACGUAAUACUUUGCUCAAAUUGUACAUUUUAUCAUGUAUAGCUUAGCAUACAUUGAAAGAUUUUCUUCAUGAAUUAAAAUUGUCUUGUAUGUCGGCAUGUUUCAUGAAAAAGAAAUGUAUUGUGAAGGUCACAUUUUGUAGAUCAGUACAUUAUUCAAAUUGAGAAAAUAAUUUAUUAUGAAAUAUUUGCUUUAUUAUAUUACAUGUAUAUCAUGAUUUAUUGAUGUUUUGUAUCAUAUUUUGAUGGUAUCUCUGAAAGCUACUUUGUGCUGUAUGUUUAUGAAAUUUAUACAGAUAUCUAAUAAAAGAGAUAAACUCACAUUAAAA